AUAAACAAAUAACCCAUUACAGCCCAAUUAUCGAUCGUCGAUUCUCCCCCGCCCUUGACAUUUUAUAUUUACCUACAAAAUGACCUGCAUGUGAAGUCUGAUUUGGGAUUGGAUCACAACGAGCAAAUCCCACUCAUCAGCAUCACUCAACUUUCCGGCGCCAUACGACUCGCUUCUCUCGGCUUACCCAAAUUCCAUAAAUUUUCACAGAGUUAGGAGCUGGACUUGAGAUAUGAUUUUAGUUGUGGGAGCACUAAUUUUAGCUGUUAUUUUGGGAGUAUUUAUCUUGAUCCCACGAGGCCGUAAAUCUGGUUAUUCAAAAACGGUUCACUCAAAUGCUAACGGUACUAAGGCAUCCAAACCCUAUAGUAGGACUGAAGUCUCUUUGCAUAAUAAGAGAACUGAUUGUUGGAUAAUCAUCAAGGACAAGGUGUAUGAUGUUACUUCAUAUGUAGAAGAACAUCCGGGUGGUGAUGCCAUCCUAGCACAUGCUGGGGAUGAUUCGACUGAAGGAUUUUUCGGACCACAGCAUGCUACCCGAGUUUUUGACAUGAUUGAAGACUUCUACAUUGGAGACCUGGAGCAGUAAUUUGUGACAGACGGUGGAUUGUAAGACAACCAACAAAUGUACUUGGAAAACUUUAUUCUUCUAUUGGCUUAUAUCUUUUCUUUUUCCGCAAAUGUAACAUGUAUUACUUUUUUCAAGUCAUGAUUGUGUUGUCUAUCUAUGUGAAUUCAUCUUUUAUUCGGGUGAAGUUUCAGCCGAGCAAGCUAUUGUAGGACGCAUUUUUCCAA